UCGGAACUUUUGGCAAAAGAUUGGGGUCUAUCCGUAAUUAUUUUCACACCCGACGGCAGUUGCCGUAUCGCUUUACACGCGCCUAUUUGUUUCUGAUUCUGCCAUCACCAUCUUCAUCUUCUUCUUCCUCUUCCCUCAUUUCUCGAGUCGUGCUCCACCUCCGUUCCAUUUGAUUCUUCUUCAAAUUUGUUGAAGCUUGAGAUCUAGUGUUUCUGGUCAAAUUCGGAAAAAAAAAUCCCAGCUUGAUUUCUCCGGGAACCAACGAAACAGCCUGUUGAAAGGGUUUAUAAUCGGUUGUCUAUUAGGGCUUCGCUUUGUUCUUGUACUCCUUCAAUGGCGAUCAUAGGAGACGCGCUGCGUCAGGCGUUUAUGCCAAAACAGGAGUAUGAGAGCCUUAGGGAGGAAGACAGAGCGUGGAUUAAGCUUCAGAGGCCGACACUAAUGUCGAUCGUGGCUUUCCUUUGCUUUGUCAUCUUCACUUGCACGAUGGUAAGCUUGAGAAUUGUAUUCCCUUCGGAUGUUCUGAAGAGGCCAUUCUGCAGCGAGAUCAAGCUACAGCCUUUGCCUAUCUACGGCAAAGCUCGUGACUCGGAUCUGUUUCCGGGCGCUUUUUACCUGACGGAUCAAGAAACUGUGGAUUUCUACUGGAUGGUCGUUUUCGUCCCGUCGACCAUAAUCUUCCUUGUAUCAUCAGUUUAUCUUGUAGCAGGAAUUUUUGUGUCUUACUCCGCUCCUCACCGUCAUGGGUUUCUGAAAGUCGUUGAAAAUAACUACUGUGCUUCAAGAAGAGGUGGGGUUCGUUGCCUAUCGAUUCUGAAUGUUGUGUUUGCUAUCAUCUAUGGUCUCCUGGCUAUAUUUCUCGGGUCGAGCCUCCUGACGCUAGGAAGCAGCUGUUCUGUACCAUUGUUUUGGUGCUACGAGAUAUCUUCAUGGGGUUUGGUAAUCUUGUAUGCUGGAACUGCAUUCUUCCUUAGAAGAAGAGCUGCUUUAACUAUCGACGAAGGAGAGUUUGGGAACAGAAAUCAUCAGGGCUUGGAGAUGCUUGAAGCCAAUCCUCGGGAAUUCACACCAGAUGUUGAGAGACGAGUGAACGAGGGGUUUAAAGCAUGGAUGGGUCCGUCUUUGUUAUCCUCUGACGAAGAAGACGAACCCGAGUUUUACAAUGAAGUGCCCAAUGUAACUCAUACUCUCUCUAGUAGGCAAAGAUCCUGAUUUUUGGAAAGAAGAAGUUGUUUCGUAAACCUCCAAAGAUGGGUUGCUUCAGAAAUUGGGUCUCACCAAAUUGUUGGCUCGGUGAUUCUGGGGUUUCUCUCACGUCUCUGCUUUUCUGCUGAUGGGCUGUUUUAUGGACGGAUCGUGAGAAGAUGGGACCCGGAAGAUAAACCAGAGCGAUUAGGAUCAUCGAAACUGGGGUUUGGUUCCGUCUUUUGAGCAGUUGACGGUUGGUUUUGAUCGUUUACAUGUGUAAUUUUCGGAAUAUAGUAGAAGUUGGAGUCUAGGCCUAACAGUACACUUUGACCGUACUACAACAAUAAUCCUUUUGUUAAUAUAUUAAACUCAUUAUCAACAAGAAUGUCAAACUGUAGAAGUUGAUGUUAUGCUAUAAAUUGGUUUUAUAAAUCCAAAAUAACAGACUAGAAUUCAAA